AUGUUACUCAACCAAGACAGAGAUUCGGUCUCUGCAGCCGAGACAUUGGCCGAUAUUGAAAACCAAGCCCAACAAAAUACAGUCGAAAAGUCAUCGACACAGAAUGAACCACCAGACGGAGGCUUCAAUGCUUGGAUGCAGGCUCUUCUUGCCCACAUCGUGUUCUUCAACACCUGGGGCGUGGCAAACGGCUUCGGAAUCUUCCAACAAUACUACACCCAAACCCUCGGGGAGAGUCAAUCCACAAUAUCCUGGAUAGGAAGCGUGCAAGUGUUUUUUCUAUUUUCAGUCGGAGUCAUAGCCGGCAGACUGACGGAUGCCGGCCACUUUCGAAUUAUCUUCCCGAUCGGUGUCUUCUUGCAGGUCUUUGGACUCUUCAUGACUUCGUUAUGCACGACUUUCUGGCAGAUAUUCCUCGCUCAAGCUGUUUGCCUAGGAAUUGGCAAUGGAUUUACCUUCUGUCCGGCUCUAGCCGUUUUGUCGCAGUACUUCAAGAAGUAUAGGGCUUUUGCUGUCGGACUGGCAGCCGCUGGUGCAGCAGUUGGUGGUUUAGUAUACCCGGUUUUGGUCAACUGGCUCAUCUUCCACGACAACGUCGGCUUCCCCUGGACUAUCAGAAGCAUGGGGUUUAUCAUGCUUGCUACAUAUAUCCCCUGCCUUGUAUGGCUCAAGCCUCGACUACCACCUCAUCCCAGCGGCCCAUGGAUCGAUACAACAGCUUUUAAGGAACUGCCCUUUAUCUUCUUUACCAUGAGCAUGUUUCUCAACUUUUGGGGCCUCUAUUUUGCCUUCUUCUAUCUCGGAACCUUUGCUCGCGAUCGAGCGGGAAUUUCUGAACCCAUCUAUCUUCUCAUGAUACUAAACGGCGUUGGGAUAUUCGGCCGUAUCCUGCCCAAUAUCAUUGCGGAUAAGUGGACAGGACCACUCAACAUACUCAUUCCUCUAAGCAUAUCCUCUAGUUUGUUGGUCUACUGUUGGGCGGCUAUAGAAACAGCUGCUGGGCUUUAUGUCUUCGCUGUGAUCUACGGUUUCAUCGCUGCAGCAUUACAAGCUCUGUUUCCGGCUGUUGCGACACAAAUGGCACCUGAUCCAAGAAAGACAGGGACAAGAGUUGGAAUGAUAUUAGGCAUUGUCAGUAUCGCAAGUCUGACUGGCCCUUUUAUCUGCGGCGAGCUUAUCAAAGCUGGCAACGGUAGUUACCUUGGGUCUCAGAUGUUUGCUGGUUCUUCAAUAUUCCUGGGUGCGCUCAUGGCAGUGGCGUGUCGAAUCGCCAAGACUGGUCUUGUGCUCAGGGUCAAAUCAUAG